GCCGUGACCAUGAAGGCGCUCACUGGCUUCUGUUCGGUCCGUCCAUAAAUUAUAGUCUCGCUGUCUAACAUAAUUUUCCGAUUUGCCACUAACAUGGUUUAUUUAUCACUUCCGAAUAAAAAGAAUUGAAAAACGCUCACAAAUUUAUUAACAACGCUUAUCGGCAAUAAAAUGUUUGGAUUAAGAGAGAAAUCGAACAAAACCUCCUGGUGAUCAAUGCUGGAAAAUCCGAGGGUUAGGUAUAGAACAAGUGUACUCAUAAUAACCAAAUCUUCAGCUAUAGUAACAAUAAUUAAACGGCUCAUAAAACUUAUGUAAGGCUAUUAUUUAGAAAACAUAUAGUAUUCGACACAAAUGUGCUUUGCAGAAAAGUACUGAAAUAUGUCUAAUGAUUAUCUUCUUGAAGAGUGUGCACUCAAAAAUCUAUCAAGCGGACAGUCAAGAACAUUUAGCCCGAAAAUUGUAUUCGAAGGUAACGAACGGAUUUUGUCAUCCCGUAUAAUAAAUAUCUCAAAUAUUACAAUCAAAUUAUCGGGGAUUAUCGGAAUACAUCCAGCUUAAAAACGAACAAGAUCUGUCCAGUUUUUACUAUCCAGCUAAAGUAUUUACUGCCAAACGAACAUGAAUGAAAUAUAAUUUUCUAAACGUAAUUUAAUGAAUGUGUAAAACACAAAAGUACACAGUGUCGUUGGUCUUUUUUGUCGUCAUCAAUUAUAGUUAAACAUCACUAAAUAUCCUCCCAAUAACUGGAGCAUAAAAAUAAUUUUAAACAUAAAAAUGAUAAGGAAAUAUGAAUCCAGUAAUUCGAUCAGCAAAACAGGCAAUACAACAUUUCAAAGUAAACUUCCUAGGUAUAUACAAAGAAAUUUUUCAACUUCGUAUUUGAUUAUUUCACUGAGAAACACAAUAAAAGCUUCACUGGUGAACCUAUCAGCUUACAGAAUAUGGAAACUAAUUGAUUAGGAAAACUGUUUUCUUCAAUAAAAUCAAUCGAGUAUUUGUACAAUUGAUGUCUGGAAGUAUCUGUUUAGAGCCUAAGAUAAUUUUUUUCGUUAUUCAGGAGGUAAAUAACAGUCAAAAUAAAACAUUCUCCUUAACAUAUGCUAUGCAAUAAUUGCAAUGUUUGAAAGGACUGUUUUCGUUUAGUCAAAAUUAUCGAGCUCAUUUCAAGUGUACUUUUUAUGUUUCAGGUAUAUUUCAUAGUCUUCGUUUUGUUUUUUCCUACAAUUAAGGUUUAUUCAUCCUUAUUUCAACCACUGAAUCAGGUGACAAGCUUAUUGACCUACAGUCUGCUCUCCGUUGCUUUACUUCUCUUAUUCCUAUUCCUAAUUGUAUUACUGAUUUAUCGACGUCGUCACAGGGAUGGAAAGUCUAACAAACACUCAUUUUUUAUUAGUUUCAAUCCAGCAAGACGUUUACAUUCAAGCAGUGGGAAUGGUUCAUCUAUUCUGGGACUAGGUAGUGAUUUAACGACGAGUGGUUUACCGCUUGAUUUAGCUACCCUUGAGCCAUUAUGGAAUCAAGAAGUUAAUUCAUUAUACGGCAUCAGUAAACCUGAUCUUAACAACUUUGAACAAGUCCCACAGAUACCAGCAGCAAAUAUACGUUUUCUACGUUAUAUUGGGUGUGGAGCAUUUGGUAAAGUGUGGGAAGGUUGGCUUCAUGUUCGUGAUGCGAAUGGGGAACGAUUUGAAAAGGUCGCACUCAAAGUAAGAAAUUGUAAAUCACUAACUGAAGCUGAAUUUAAACGUGAAGCGACACUUAUGCACAAAUAUCAACAUACAAAUAUUGUACGAUUCUUCGGUGUGUCAUUUGACUCACCUGGACAACAAUGUCUUGUCCUAGAAAUGAUGGAUCAAGGAAAUUUAAGGGAUUAUCUUCACCGUUCACGUCCUAGAAUAGCACCUGACAUAGCUGCGAAUGUCUUUGCUGCUGCAGCUAUCUGUGCGGCUGCUGGAAGAACAGGAGGUUCUGAUGGGUCCUCAGUAAACACGAGCACAACUAGUACAGCGCCAGGUGGUGGAACUCCGAGUGCUUCAAACGUUAUUACAUUGACAGCACAAUUAGAUUUACCAGCACUAGUCACUAUAAUGAGAGAUAUAUGCCAUGGAUGCCGUUAUCUUGAGGAACAACACUUUGUCCAUAGAGACAUUGCAGCACGAAAUUGUUUAGUGAGUCAUAAUCAUUCAAGUGGACGUAUAGUCAAAUUGUGUGAUUUCGGACUAGCACGAGAUAUUUAUAAAAACGAUUACUAUCGUAAGCGCAAUGAACCCAAAUUACCUGUGAGAUGGAUGUCUCCAGAAGCUAUUCGUGAUGGCUUAUUCACAACAAAAUCUGAUGUUUGGGCGUAUGCUGUUACCUGCUGGGAAGUUUUAACCCUAGGUGCUGAUCCAUUUUACGGCCGAGCAAAUGUAGAUGUCAUGAAUUUAGUUAUUGGUGGACACGUUUUGGGACGUCCUGAAAACUGUCCAGAAGAACUUUAUAAUCAACUACUACAAUGUUGGAGUCGAUUCACAGAAAUGAGACCAACAUUUGGACAGUUAUGCAAAAAGAUGGAUGAAUUCAUUAUGGCUUCACAAAAUAAUCAAAGCCCCUUCUCUCAACCAUUUGUUGUAUCGUUGCCUCUGCCUAAAAGUUUACAAGGUAGAUCAGGACAACAAGCAUCCAUUUAUGGUUCCAAUAAACCACGUCACGAAUCAAAUGAUUUAUCACUUUGCAUGCUUUCUAAUAACUGUCAACGUAGAACGUCUCUAGAUGGUGGACGCCCAGUAAGCGACAUGGAUUCAUCGCUAAUUAAUGAGACCAGUCUAUCCCAAGGAAUGAGUUCCAGUAAACAACUUCUACUGUCAUCCAACAAUUCUAAAGACUUGAAACCAUCGGCAUUUCAUACAAAAAGCCGUUCAUAUGCAGAAACAGCUACUCGUGGUUACAUUGUAACACCUGGUGUUGAAGGCAUUGGUAUGAAUAAGUUCAACUACCGAGAGUCUCGAAUGGAGAACCGAAUUUACACCUCAUCAACUGCCCCACUGGCUGGUGCUUAUGAAUGUUCAAUGUCCGAUCCAUCCACGGAACAAACAACAUUGGCGACUACAUCGAAUGGUACUGAAAGUAAUAGACAAGCCUCGGUUAGACUGAAUUCGCGGUCAAUACAAGGUAAUACGGAGAACAGAAUUGAUAAAACGACAAACUCAACAAAUGCGAUUCUGCAACAUCGGCAAAACCAAAUCCAACCACCAAGUUCAAACUUUUGCUUAGACACCUUAUUACGCGAUCAAAAUGGCACAAAAGCAAAUUCUUAUAAAACUUUGGGUUGUCAUGACAAGAGUAGUAAUCACAGUGAUAAGUUCAUUGCCCUCAGUACCACCAAUGCUAAUAACAGUGAUCAAAGAGGGAGUCAUCUAGUUCCGAUUAAUUACAACCAUGCACAUAGUAAACCACUACAUUCUAAAUCAUUUAAUUCAAAAUCAACCAGUAUGGUAGACACUAUGCCUCAUAGUGGUAGUGGAUCAACCAAUAACCGCAGUCUAACAGCUUAUUGGUUAAUGGAAACUGGUGGUGGUGUUGACUCACUAGGUUAUGAAAGACCAUCACUAAUCCGUACAUCAUUUCCAUCUCAGACGAACUCAGUGAAUUCACAUGGUGAAAAUACUAAUAUUUCAACAUUCAUUGAUCAGAACUGUAAUAAUGACUUUCUUGAAAGAGUUAUUUGCAAUCACCAAUCACUAAAAAAGGCAUCAACUAACGUAUUAACAACCUGAGUUUGAAGCAUUACUGCGGAAGUGACCUUCGUGUGUUACGAAACAAUUAACGCACAAUCACAAAUAUAAAUAAGUACGCAUACAUUGCCAUAUUAAAAGUAAUAAUUAUCGGAUGGCAAGUAUUUUAUUUUAACAUAUUGAAGUUUAUUUGUUUUCUCCUUUGACUUUAACUGUUACUAUACAUAUGAAGUAGAAAUCAUUACCUGUUUCUUAAUCGUGAAUCAGUUUCUCUACAUUCAUUCAAAUGGUGUGUAUAACCUAAGUUGAAUGCCUAUAUCUUGCGUAAGUAUAUCUUAUUCUUAUUUCAGAAAUCAAAAAUUAUUACUUCCAUGUUUAUCAAGAGACACAAUGUUAAUAAUAUCGGGCAUUUCGAUUACUCUUAUAAGUUUUUGUAAAUUUUAAAAUCUUUAAUAUAAUGCAUUCUGCAUCAAACUACUAUAUUAAAACUAAGUAGCUAACAUUUUUAAAAUAAUUUCUGCUGGCUUAAUCAUAUGUAACCGUCGUUUGUAUCGUCCAACAAAAGACAACUUUUUCAGGAAACAAUGACAUUUUAUUAUAAACUAGUCACUGGGAAUUUAUGAUUCUGUUACUUAGGGACUCUUUAACAUACGUUCUAGUAUCGAACUAGAAAUAUUCGGGGCAGUUCGGCAAUUAUGUUUAACCGAACAAUCAUGAUGCACAAUUCACUCCAAA